UUUUCCCGGGAGGAAGACCUUGGACGUCGCCGGCAAAGCCUUUUUCUUUUGUUUUUAGUGGUGCACUUUUCGUGAAAAUGGAUCCACAGAUAUUUAUGGACGUUGCCACCACGGUGACAAAGUUAAAGAUGUACCCGUACUUUGAUGUGGCGCAUUAUUUGCUAAUGUGUCUGUCGAUACGCGAAGAUCAACCUCCGCAGCAUUCACAACAGCUAGGAUCAGCCCCACCACAGUUCUCCAGGAAGCACCCACUCUCGUGCUGGGUGUCCUGUAUGCUGACAUGUUUCGCAGGCAGCAUUGUAGCCAACCUGAUCCUAGGAGAGCCGUGUGUCACACCACUGAAGAACCACCGUGACAUCCUCACAGCAACUGCUGUCUGGUAUUUGGUGUUUUACUCCCCCUUUGACCUGGUGUACAAGUGUAUCAAGCUGUUACCUGUGAAGAUGGUGGUGGGAGGAUUGAAGGAGACCCAGAGAGCACACAAGAUCUACCAUGGGGUCACCCACACGGCUAAGCUCCACCCUCAGGCCUACCUCAUAAUCAUACUUAUUGGCACAAUUAAAGGUAUGAUUUCACAAUACUGAAAGGCUUUGAAAGGCUUGUGCCGAGGCAUAUGGGUUCCAGGGUCAAAUGAGCUGCUACAACCAUCUUUCACAACAAAGGCCUCUUUGGUUGCAGCAAUAAUCUUCACGCUAGAAAAGUAUCACUUUAUUGCUGCGCCUCACCGUGAUGAUUUAUUUUUCGGCGUUGUUAUAUUCUUUGUGUACUUCAAGUUGUCAUCUCUUUUCCUGGGCAUCCACGACCCAUUUGCUUUUGAAAACCUGUUCUGUGCAGUUUUCCUGGGAGGCAUGUGGGACGCUCUGCGCAGAGCUGUGCAGAAGGAGCCAAAGAAAGGGGAUGAUCAAGGAACUGAGUUGAAGAACGAAGUCAUCAAGAGCAAAGAAGAGAAGAAAAAAGAUUAAAUCUUUUUCUUUGAACGAAAGAAGUAUUUUGAUAAACAAAGUCUCCUGGGUUUUAAUAUUCAUGUGGCAACAGAUGAGCUCACAAAAUUUGAGAAUGUUUAUUUAAGAUUCUUUUACGCCCAAUUUGUUUUUUUCUUUUCUUUUUUGUUGUUAGCAGCUUACAUGUAAAAUAUAUGGUUUACAAAAACCUGGACUGUCAGCUUUAUAUAGGGGUGUCUCUCUGUAGUAAUGAUUGAGUUUUAAAAAUCAUGAUUAUCUGUAUUGGUGCUAGACUGUCUUGUGGAUUAGCUGUUAUCCAAGUGGAUUAGUAGUGAUCCAAGGGAAAUAACUCUUGUCGUGCCACAUUUCUGUAACUUUACACUUCAGUGCAGAAAUUGCCUGGAAAAGGCAUACUUUUAUGUGGUUGUCUGUUGUUGUAAUUUUACAAUUAUACACAUUUUUUGUGAAUAAAAGUAGCAUAUCAUUGUUAAUGAGCA